AUGAAGCUUUCAUCUGUUGCUGCUGCCUUGCUCUUGACACUGGCUACGCCUGUAUUCUCGGUGCCCCUUGAGCGCCGUGCUGCCGAAAGCAGUGGUGACAGCAGUGUCCCUACUACUAGCGCUGCUGUUUCCGCUACUUCCGCUGCCUCGUCUUCUAGUGCUCCUGUGGCUAGCGCAACUCCUGCUGACAGCGAAUUGGCGUCGUGGAUCGACGAAGAAACCACCUUUAGUCAAAAUGGUAUUCUGGCCAAUAUCAAUCCCGAAGGUUCUGUAACCGGCUUCAUUACUGCAAGUCCUAGCAAAGAUUCGCCUGAUUAUUUCUACAGCUGGACCCGCGAUUCUGCUUUGACCAUCCGAUCUGUGUUGCACAUGUAUAAUACGUCUCCCAGUGAUGAUCUUGUCGCCGUGCUGAAGGAUUUUGUUACCUUUCAAAUUAACGCAAUGAAUACAGACACUGUCUGCGACUGUCUUGGUGAACCAAAAUUCAAUGCUGAUGGUAGCAGCUACACCGGUGCUUGGGGCCGGCCCCAAAACGAUGGCCCUGCCGAGCGCGCGACUGCAAUGAUCUUGAUUGCAAAUGCCUUGAACGACAACUCUUCGUAUGUUGAAGAUACCUUGACGCCUGCGAUUAAGCAGGACCUCGAUUAUGUUGUCGAAACGUGGGAUCAAACCUGCUACGACCUUUGGGAAGAGGUUAACGGCUUGCACUUUUUCACCUUAAUGGUUAUGCGUCGCGCCCUGAUUGAUGGUGCUUCAUUCUUGUCGGAUGACUCGUACACCUCAACCGCCCAGGAAAUCGAGACCAAGCUCGAUUCCUUCUAUGGUGACAAGGAUUACAUUGAAGUAACCCAACAACUUUCUGGUGGCGCUGAUUACAAGUCUUCUGGUCUUGACACCUCUACCCUCAUUGCUGCUAAUGUCGCUGGUCUUGGCGAUGGAAUUUACACUCCUGGUUCCGAUAAGAUUCUCGCAACCUCAUUGGCCAUCAAAGAAGUAUUCUCUGAUUUGUAUGCCAUCAAUGCUGACUCCAACUCAACUGGCUUAUCCUAUGCUAUUGGCCGUUAUCCCGAAGACAAGUAUGAUGGCCUCGGUACCUCGGAGGCUAACCCUUGGUUCUUGUGUACUUUGGCAUUUGCUGAGCUGUAUUACCGCGCUAUUGACGAAUGGAAAUCGGCUGGUUCGAUUGAAGUCACUGAUGCAAGCGCUGCCUUCUUCCAGCAAUUCGACUCAAGCGCUGUUUCAGGAACCUCGUACACAGCCGACUCGGAUGAUUUUAACUCGAUCGUGCAAGCUGUCGCUGCCGAGGCGGAUACUUACUUUGCCCGUGUCCAAAAGCAUGCUUCUGAUAAUACCAUGAGCGAACAGAUCGAUCGUGAUUCUGGCGAAGAAGUCGGUGCUAAGGAUCUCACUUGGUCCUAUGCGGCAUUUGUCACUGCCGCUGCUGCAUACAAUGGUAGCCCAUCGGCUUAA